AAACACUUGGCCAACUUCUCCACCGCUCCACUUCUUCGUUCACAUUCUUCGUUUACAUUUCCCUCGGCCCGCCAGGAGUCUCAACUCAUGGAAUACCAAGGUUUACACUUUUGAUAGUUUUGUUGGGCUUAUUGCGUUCCGCGUUUUACCCCCGUCAGUGGACGCGCUCCGGGACAGGAGAGACGUUCUGGUUUGUAACUUCUUUACUUUCCUUUUUAUUUUUUUAUUUUUUUAUUUUUUUUACCCCCUCGACGGAUUUGAGUGGGCACAUGCGAUGCCACGGACUAUUAAAAUGCGAAAGAAAUGUGUGUGAUUGGUUUGUGGCUGUUUUGUGAAAGUGUUUUUUUGAGUAUAUUUUUUGGAACCAGUUGAGCAACUGGCGACAGGACUCUAUAAUCAAUGUGGUGUCAGCUGGAAGGACGCGGGGUCCGGAUCUCACCUAAACGCUGAUACGUCUUGGGAGUGAUGCACUGGCUUCCCCUGGUUGCCAUGGUGAUUGCCUCGGCCCUGCCCUUCCCUCACAACCCCGUGUCCAGGAUUGCUGCAGCGACCACAGAGCCUGGCUUCGACAGCCGCAGACAGCACCGUCAUGACCAGGCCACUCGCCUCGCAGCUCCCCCCGUGGACUACAGUUUCAGUGGAAACACCUCACAAACGGACUACAACAUGGCUCUCGGCCAACACAACAACAGACACAGCCCUGAGGAUUUACUAAAAUCCUCCACACAUGAAGAGACUUCCACAUCCAAAGUGGAGAAUCAAGGAACCUACCCAUCAAACAGCAACUCAGGCAGUGAUGACAGAAGCAGUGUCAGUUUGGAUGUUCCCACGGAAGGAGGAACGCUCAGGACCGAGGAUAUUUCUGUGGAUAAUUCUCUACCAAAGGACAAUACGGCUGAUAGCAGCAGCAGACAAGAUGACUCCAGUUUUGUGGACUUUUCCAACAAGGACUCUACAGAUUCUACGGUCAGACCAUUGCAGGUUUCUGCUGUGGAAAAACGGAACGCUGUCAGUCCUGCUGCUACACUCAAGGGUCACAGAGGACCAGAACCAACUGCUCCCACGGAGCAGCUGAGAGACGCACCGACAGUCAGGACAGGGAACCAGAGGACACUGGGGACUGAGGAGGGUUUAACCGUGCAGGCGGGGCUGGGUGGGGGGGACAGGCUGGACAGCUUCUUAGAAGGAGAUGAGAUGUUUCUGGAUGCACAUCCCCGCGUCCUGUUCUCUCCUUCCCCGUCACCUCCAGAGCACCCACCUUUCCUGCUCAUGUUGGAGACUGGACUGCUGGAAGUUGAUGGGGGAAGAGAGGAGCAGGAGGACAUGGACGGACACGUGGAGGGUCACGGCGACAGAGCGAUCGACAGGAGCACGACUCUGAGCUGGGCAGACUCUGCUAGAGUCACCAGUGAGGCCGUUCACCCUGUUAAAAGGGAUAAGCGCUCACAUUUGGUCGACAGAAGGAGAGGGGAGAAGUCAGUGUGCGAGUCAGAAAGUGUAUGGGUUACUGACAAGAAGACCGCCAUCGACUCUCAUGGACAGAAUGUCACCAUCUUACAGGAAAUCCAGACUCAGACAGGACCUCUCAAACAGUACUUCUAUGAGACACGCUGCCGCCAGGCUGAGCAGCCGAGCGACACUGGCAGGUCAAGGGGCAGUGGUACAGCGGGGAAAUCCGCACCGAUGGGUGUGGCCGGGGCCGGCUGCCUGGGCGUGGACAAGAAACAGUGGCUGAGCGAAUGCAAAGCCAAGCACUCGUACGUGCGCGCGCUCACCAAAGAUGCAAACAACAGAACCGGAUGGAGGUGGAUCCGAAUCGACUCGUCCUGCGUCUGUGUGCUGCUGUCCAGAACAAAUAAUGUGGCAGGGAGGGAGGUCUUGACGAGGAGCGGGAGAGGCUAAGAGAGAGAGAGAGAGAGAGAGAGCGAGAGGGGAGGGGGGGAGGUAGUGAGAGAUGCCACGAAGUAGAAAGUGACACAGAGCAGAGCAGCUGUGACAUCCUUCUGUGUGCACUUUCCUGCGCCGAUUUCCUUCAGCACGAUGGAAGUUAUCCUGCCACUUUGUCAGAUGUCUCUUUUUUCCACCUCGUCCUCCACCACAGCUUCAAAUGACUAUUACAAAUAAAAAAACAAAACAAAAAAAAAAACAAAACAAGAAGACCUCAAUACUAGAUCUUAGGGAAUAUUGUCUUUAUAUAGAGAUUUUACUUUAAGAAGUACUGUUUUUGUAUGAUUUAUCUUUCAUAAUCUAAGUUAUUUUUGAUUAGUAUGUAAGCAUGUGUAUGUCUUUGAUAUUAAUAUAUUCCUUUAUAUAUGUGUACAAUAUGACACCCUUAUACCUUUAUGUAUGCAGCUAUGUAUACCUGUGUGUAUUUAUAGAAGUCAUGGAGUAGUAGGUCUCUCCAGUGUCUGAUGAUAAUUCCAGCCUCUGGUCCGCUCGGGUUGUAAGAGGAAGUAGCGCCACCUACUGAAGUUCCAUUUUACUGCUCCACACUCUCACCAUAUGGAUUACAAUGAAUGUGCUUUCAGCAGCAGGUCCUAACCGGGGAGAAAUGUAUGCAACACACAAUGUGGGCACAUUAUAGCAUGAUUUGACAGGUUUGUAGCGGGAUAAUUCUGCAUCUUUGGCUACAUGAAUGUAAAACCAUGUGGUUUGUAACUUAUAUGACGACGAGCUAAUUUUAACAUCUGCUGAUUUGUUCAGUUGGCCUGCUAAAAGUGGUAAUAAAGGAUCUUUGUAUUAA